CAAGCCUUGCAUGCAAUGCGGGUCACGCGACCGCGCUUCACAGAACGCGUUAUCUUACACGACGAAAUAAGUUUUAAGGAUUCCAAGCCUGCCCAGCUGAGAUGUCAUAAUAUGGUGUGGGAAGUGAAAACUCAGUCGGUCCCUCAGAGAGCCCAGGAAAGCCAGACACAGAGCUCAGGUAUGGACGAGGCCUUCGACUUGCUUAAAUGCAACGAGCGCCUUCCCUCCUCACCUGGCUGUCCGUCUAAUGAGAGUCACAUGGAUUACGAUGACCUGCCUGAGCUGCAGGAGGUGCAGGAUGACCGGUUGACCCUGGGCGUGUUCCAGGUGGCCCCGGGCGUGUCACAUCAUGAGGAGGGGCCCGUCAAGGGGCGGAGCUCCAGGCCAGAGGGCAGCGUUUCACACACAAACUGGCUGACCGAGCUGGCCAACAUCGCCACCAGCCCUCAAAGCCCCCUGCUCCAGAACGCUCCACAAAACCGGUCUUCUCCUGUCCACAUCUUCUCCAACAGUAGAAGUUUACAUUCCUACGCUCGACCCCCUCUGUCUUCCAGCAGCGCUCCCGGUCCCGCCCGCAGCCACAUGAGGGAACGCCGCCGCACCAGGGCAAGCAGUGAGUCCGAGUCGGGCAUCUUCUGCAUGUCGUCUCUGUCCGAUGAUGAUGACAUGGGAUGGUCCCAUUCCUGGCCCUCCACUGCCUGGCAUUGUUUCCUGAAAGGAACACGUCUACGCUUCCACAAAGGUCCGAACGUGGAGUGGCAGGAUGCAGAGGACGUGAUUGAGUCGGAUGAAGAUUCAGAUGACGAGGGAGGAACACAGUCCAACCCAAUGAAGAAUUAUGGCUCUGAUGGGCUAAAGCUGGUGGUCUUUGAGGAGAGUGUGUCUUUCGGCCAGUCUGUCCUGAAAUUAACCUUUGACCCUGGUUCCUCUGAGGCAGGGCUCCUGACCGCUGAGUGCUGUUUGGACCAUCCGUUUUUUGUGAAAAAUAAAGGAUGGUCUUCUUUCUAUCCGAGCCUCACUGUUGUACAGCAUGGCAUUCCCUGCUAUGACAUGCAGGUGGGAGACUUGUGUCUGCCUCCAGGACACUGCGACGCCAUCAACUGUGACGACUCGGUCGUUUUUGACACUUUUAAGAGUUAUGACUUCACCCCUCUGGACUCGUCUGCGGUGUAUGUUCUGAGCAGUAUGGCACGCCAGCGCCGGGCAUCCCAGUCCAGCGGGGGCGCUGUGAGUCCAGACUGUGACAAAAUGGACAUCCUCGGCUCCUCCCACCACUCCCCCAGCAGCAAAUCACAGCGCAGCCUCGCCUCAGGAAACUCUGGAGCCACACCCACAAAGUGCAAGCGGCCAAUGAACGCCUUCAUGCUUUUUGCCAAGAAGUACAGGGUGGAAUACACACAGAUGUACCCCGGCAGAGACAACAGAGCCAUCAGCGUGAUUCUGGGCGAUAAAUGGAAGAAGAUGAAGAACGAGGAGAGGAGGAUGUACACCAUGGAGGCCAAAGCUCUGGCCGAGGAGCAGAAACGUCUCAACCCUGACUGCUGGAAACGCAAGAGAACUAACUCGGGCUCUCAUCAAAACUAGAAGAAAAUGAACUGGACAGCAGGAGACAUGAACGAUCAACUGCAACUGUGAUGCUACACGCACUUGCUUUAGGAAACAUCAUACUAAAUAUCAUUACAACGAAACGUCUUCACGAGAAGAAUUGUGAAAGAAAAAAUAUACGAACGGAAGGCAAAUCAUAAUAUAAUUAUAUGCAAUAUAAAAUGUAAUCUAGUCGACUAACAGUGCUUGUGUAUUUUUCUUAUCCUUGCGAAAACGAUGAAAAAGCCUUACUCUGCCAAAGCAAGACAUCGCUCAGUUCCUAUAUCAGGUAAUUUUGUAUUUCUAGGCUUGAAAGGUGCAACCCUGUGGUGCUAUUUUACUGAGGCCGGAGGAGUGAUAAAUACAAAAAAUGUCUAUUUUUAAAUGUAAAAAGGUGAACUUUAGAUGUUAGCUCAUUUUUUCAGCUGUUCAUAUUAAUUGUAUCUGUAUAACUCAAGUUAUUGCACAGACUCGAGUGUGUUGCAAAAUAGACGGAUGAUGUUAAACUGCAUGUUCGUGGAUGUGCUGGAAAGGGUUAAAUUUAAUUUGACGUUAGUCCAGUUUAGGCCAUGUUCAGUGUGUGUGUGAAAGUCUAUUCAUACGGCCAUAUUGUACAUGGAUAGAGUCCCACACACAAGCAUACGAGUACAAACGACACACAUGUUGUCACAUACAGCAGCACUUCAGGGUCAUGCCUUCACUGUAAGUGUUCUUGUUUUUGCACUUUAUAUUCAUAUAUAUAUAUAAAUACAACCAAUAAAUGUAUACAAGCUGAAAUGUGUAAAAAUAUAUAUAUAUAAAUCAUGAUAAGAUGUAUCUUUUGACACAAUCAUGGCCAAACUGAGCACGUUUGCCAUUGGAUUGCAUUACAAAAACAUUUUGUUAAUAUUGUACAGGUCCACGUUCCCAUCCAGUUCUUGCACAAACUAUUCUUGUAUCAUAUUAUGAAUAAAGUUUUAAACACGCUUCCCUAAA